GUGUAACUUUUAUUUAGUAGAUUAGAGUUUAUACUGAUCAUUUGAUACGUUCGUCGUACGUUAUUUUCGUACUGAAUUUGCACUAAAUAAUUUAAUUUGGCGUUGUAAAUGAUAUAUAUGUACGAAUAUGAUACGAAUUUAGUGCGGACAAGACAUACGAUAUAAACUAGGCCAGCACUUAUUCUUCUCUCUGUGAAAAACAUAUUUGUCAAAUGGCGAUACAUGUUAUUAGAAAUAAUUUAUCGAGAUUUAUUGAAAAACGUUUACAAGCUGCUUUUACAUUAAGAUACUCUACGGAAAUGCUACCCACAUAUAAAACAUUAAUAAUAUCCAUUCCAAAACCAUUUAUUUAUAUGGUCAAAUUGAACAGGCCACAAAAAAUGAAUGCAAUAAAUUUAACUAUGUGGCAAGAAUUUAAGGAAUGUUUUCAAGAAUUAACAGUGAAUUCAGAUUGCAGAGUGGUUAUUUUGUCAGCUGCUGGCAAGGCGUUUUGUGCAGGAAUUGAUGUACAAGGGAUGAUGGAAGUGGGUCAGAAUCUUGCACAGCAUGAAGAUAUUGCACGUAAAUCCAAAGUUUUGGAAUCUAUGAUUCAAGAUUAUCAAGAUUCAUUCACAGCUAUAGAAAAGUGUCCAAAACCUGUAAUAGCUGCUGUGCAUGGUGCAUGCAUUGGGGCAGGUGUAGACAUGAUAUCCGCAGCUGACAUUCGUUACGCUUCAUCUGAUGCAUACUUUCAAAUAAAAGAAGUUGAUAUAGGCAUGGCAGCUGAUGUGGGUACACUUCAAAGAUUCCCAAAAAUUGUAGGCUCUGAUAGUUUGGUAAGAGAACUCGUCUAUACAGCACGAAAGUAUCCAGCAGCUGAAGCACUGAAAAGUGGAUUUAUAAGCUCUAUGUUAGAUGAUGAGGAAAGUUUGUUGAAUAAAUCGAUAGAAGUUGCUGAAAAUAUUGCAAGCAAGAGUCCAGUUGCUGUGCAAGGUUCAAAAAUAAGCUUAAUAUAUUCUAGAGACCACUCUGUUCAAGAAGGAUUGAAUCAUAUUGCUAUGCAUAAUAAAUCAAUGCUUCAAAGUGAAGAUUUCUUAAAUGCAACCAUGGCACAAGCUAUUAAAGGUGAUCCUCCAAUAUUUUCAAAGUUAUAAAUUGUUAAUAUGUUAUAAUAUGUCACAUUGUGGACUUAUUUGGAUUAUUUGUAUGCUAUUUUUAUAAAGAUGAAGCAAAUAUAUUUGAACAAAAUGUUUCUGUAACAAAAUAUAAAUAUAUACUUUCACAACUUGUUUAAA